UAUAUUUGUAAACAACUUUAUAACAAAUCCAUUCAUGUCUUUUUACUUAAAACCACCCAGAGGACAGAUAAAUCUUCAUAAAUUAGAAGAAUGUGUGACACAGCGUCUUUCUAUAUACGACAAUAUAAAUCAGUUGGAAAACAUUUCCCUCAGAAAUUUCGAUUGUGUUAUCGAAGACAGCGGUUUAGAUAGAACUGGUCAUUUUUUAUUUAGAAUUCAAGCGAUCUACAACUCUUCCUUCAAAGACAUUUUUAUUCAUAAGGAGUGUGAACUGUUAAAACUAAGAUUAGAAUGUUAUGAAGAUACUGAUUUUAGGCGUUUUAUCAAAAAACUUUCACAAAAAUCCAGGGAGUUAUUAAAAAGUGAAGAAUUUAGUGAUGGUUUAAAACAAUUUAUUAUAUCACUUAUAGAACUAUGUUCGAAAAUGUUAGAAAAAAAUUAUGUUGUUCAUUUGAAGCAACAUUCUAAUAAGACCGAGUGUAAACAAAUUUUAUUUAAUAUUAAUUAUAAUAUUUGUCCUCUAUUACUAACUAAAAACGAGUUUUCUUUAAGAAAUGGAUAUUUACAAGUUCCUUGUUGUGCCAAAAUAAAAUUAUUUCAUGCUUUGUUUAAUAGAUUUCUUAUUCUUGCAAUAAAUGAAAUGAAAAAUGGAAUAGGGGUGUUUCACAUUUUACAAGAUACCCGCAUUAAAAAUGUUUUAAGUCUAAUAAACAAUCACUACUUUACCAAUUGUAAUAAAAGUUCACUAUUUAAAAUAAAAGACAUCGAAAACGAAUCGAAAUUCUUUCCUUUAUGUAUGCAAGCUUUGUUUCAAAAUCUGAAGAAAAACAACAGACUUUCACAUAAUGCAAGGUACGAUUUUAGUUUGUUCCUGAAAUGUUUGGGCGCAUCAGUGUUAGAAUCAAUAAAGUUUUGGGAAUUGAUAUAUUCCAAAAAACAUGCAUCCUGUUCAACAUGUACCCAUAGUUGGCAAGAAAAUGAAAGAAAGUAUGUUUAUGGGAUACGACACAUGUAUGGUUUGGAAGGUGCUAGAAAAAACUAUGAAAUGAGGACUUGUCAAUAUUAUCAGAAUUUGUCACUCUGUGCAAGAGACGAAGGCGGUUGUCCAUUUAGACAUUUCGACGACCAUAAUUUGAGACGGACUUUAAACAACAUAUUACCUUCAACCGAUGAAAUGGAAGUGAUAAUACACGAGAGGAAGGGAAGUCCUAAUGAGGCUUGUAAACUUACCUUUCAAAGUUUAUACAAACAAUUUACCACCGAAGAGAUUAACUUGAGCGAUGUUUUUUUCGCCAAUCCGGUGCAAUAUUUUGAGUUGUUGAAAAAAUCCCAGUUUUAAUGGAUUAUUUUAUCAAAUACAUAUACUGUACUCAAUACGUUUAAUUUAUAAUACAAUAUGUUCAGCAAAAAAUAUCUUAUAAUGAAAAUUUAUACUGAUAUUUGAGUGUGAAAAAAUGGAAUGUACGGGUCUAAUUAAAAUUCUUAAAUAAUC